UGGAGCCGGCCCCCAGGGUUGGGUGCGCCACUGAACGGAUGGCCGUGGUAGCGGAGCGGAUUCCUAAGGAACGCUGGCCGGUGGAAAAGGCCGUAGGCUCUGUUUGUGUGUCAUCUGUUGCCACCUGUUAAUGACAAGAUGACUAAGCUUGGAUUUUUGCGGUUGUCCUAUGAGAAGCAGGACACACUUCUGAAGCUUCUCAUUCUGUCAAUGGCUGCUGUAUUAUCUUUCUCCACUCGUCUCUUUGCUGUCCUGAGAUUUGAAAGUGUUAUCCAUGAAUUUGAUCCGUACUUCAAUUAUCGGACUACCCGGUUCUUAGCUGAGGAGGGAUUUUAUAAAUUCCAUAACUGGUUUGAUGACCGGGCCUGGUACCCUUUGGGACGAAUCAUUGGAGGAACAAUUUACCCAGGCUUAAUGAUCACCUCUGCUGCAAUCUACCAUGUUCUUCAUUUUUUCCACAUCACCAUCGACAUUCGGAAUGUCUGUGUGUUCCUGGCCCCUCUCUUCUCCUCCUUCACCACCAUCGUCACGUACCACCUUACCAAAGAGCUCAAGGAUGCAGGGGCUGGGCUUCUUGCUGCUGCCAUGAUUGCUGUAGUUCCUGGAUAUAUCUCCCGAUCUGUGGCUGGCUCUUAUGAUAAUGAAGGGAUUGCCAUCUUUUGCAUGCUACUCACCUACUACAUGUGGAUCAAGGCAGUAAAGACUGGUUCCAUCUACUGGGCAGCCAAGUGUGCCCUCGCUUAUUUCUACAUGGUCUCUUCCUGGGGAGGUUAUGUGUUCCUGAUCAACUUGAUCCCUCUUCAUGUCCUGGUGCUGAUGCUCACAGGCCGUUUCUCCCACCGGAUCUACGUGGCCUACUGCACCGUUUACUGCCUGGGCACCAUUCUUUCCAUGCAGAUCUCCUUCGUGGGUUUCCAGCCUGUCCUUUCGUCAGAACACAUGGCAGCCUUUGGAGUCUUUGGUCUCUGCCAGAUUCACGCUUUUGUGGAUUACCUGCGCAGCAAGUUGAAUCCACAGCAGUUUGAAGUUCUCUUCCGGAGUGUCAUCUCCCUGGUAGGGUUUGUCCUACUCACCAUUGGAGCGCUCCUCAUGCUGACAGGCAAAAUAUCUCCGUGGACAGGGCGUUUCUAUUCGCUGCUGGAUCCUUCUUAUGCUAAGAACAACAUUCCCAUCAUUGCUUCUGUGUCUGAACAUCAGCCCACCACCUGGUCCUCCUACUAUUUUGAUCUGCAGCUCCUCGUCUUCAUGUUUCCAGGUACGUCUGAUGCUAGUGUUGGCACCUGUUAUGUGCAUUCUUUCUGGCAUUGGAGUCUCACAGGUGCUGUCCACCUACAUGAAGAAUCUGGACAUAAGUCGUCCAGACAAGAAGAGCAAGAAGCAGCAGGACUCUACUUACCCUAUCAAGAAUGAAGUGGCAAGUGGGAUGAUCCUGGUCAUGGCUUUCUUUCUCAUUACCUAUACCUUUCACUCAACUUGGGUUACCAGCGAGGCCUACUCUUCUCCCUCCAUUGUGUUAUCUGCCCGUGGUGGGGAUGGCAGCAGGAUCAUUUUUGAUGACUUCCGAGAAGCGUAUUAUUGGCUUCGUCACAAUACUCCAGAGGAUGCAAAGGUCAUGUCGUGGUGGGAUUAUGGCUAUCAGAUUACAGCUAUGGCAAAUCGGACAAUUUUAGUAGACAAUAACACAUGGAAUAAUACCCACAUUUCUCGAGUAGGGCAGGCAAUGGCAUCCACAGAAGAAAAAGCCUAUGAGAUCAUGAGGGAGCUUGAUGUCAGCUAUGUGCUGGUCAUCUUUGGAGGCCUCACUGGGUAUUCCUCUGAUGAUAUCAACAAAUUUCUUUGGAUGGUCCGGAUUGGAGGGAGCACAGACACAGGCAGACAUAUCAAGGAGAAUGACUAUUAUACUCCAACAGGGGAAUUUCGUGUGGACCGUGAAGGUUCUCCAGUGUUGCUCAACUGCCUCAUGUAUAAGAUGUGUUACUACCGCUUUGGGCAGGUCUACACAGAAGCCAAGCGUCCACCAGGCUUUGACCGCGUCCGAAAUGCUGAGAUUGGGAAUAAAGACUUUGAGCUUGAUGUCCUUGAGGAAGCAUAUACUACAGAACACUGGCUGGUCAGGAUAUAUAAGGUAAAGGACCUGGAUAAUCGAGGCCUAUCAAGAACAUAAGUGCUGCAUUCAGCUCCGAUACGCUUCGCACUGAGCGCGUCAUAUUUAGGACGUUGAAGAUUUUUUUUUAAUACGAAGUUUAUAAGAACAGAGCCGGAUGGAAUUAGAAUUGUCUGGAAGUUUUGCCCUGGACAGUAUGGGCUGGGCCAAAUGGAAUGAUUUUUAUAAUUCUGAGCAGGUUACCAAAUGAAAUGUGAUGGCUUUACUUUGGUCAAUUAAAGGGGGGAAUUUUUUUUUAAAAAAUGUGCCUUAUUUGUUUUGACUUAUAGCUGAUUUGAGGAAAGUAAAAGUUUGUGCUGGGCUGGUAGGACAGUAGCAGACCUUAUCCAUGCUCUUAGCUCUGUAAAUGAGCCAUACAGGGCAUUCUUUCUCAUAUCAGGAAAACUAUCAGGGUUUAGCUCUGAGUCUACAUAUGUAAACACUUUGUCAUACUUUCUGUAUUGUAGCACCUAGUGAAUGCCUUGCACAUAGUGGGUGCUCAAUAAAUUUUUAUCUAAUGAAAUAAAUGUUUGUGGGACCAGA